AGCUCCCUAGAACACUAGUAUCUCGAGGAGCAAGAAAGAGAGAUGGAAAUUCAUUGCUAUAGAGAAUGGAGGAGAGAGCCAAUCUUAUAAGCCCAGUGGAGUAGAGGAAUUCUCACCAGAGAGUAAAAUCUUUGCUUCUUCCAGGGUGUCCUUGUUCUUGCAAGGCAAGAUGGAUUAUCUUCUUCUUCUUAGCCGUGAUCUCCAAGCUAGAUUGGAAUGUUCUUUCUCCGUCCAGGAUUCUCAAGAGCUGUGGAGGUCGCGCCCGGAUUCUCGCAAGGAAUACCUCGCGAAUCGCGAAUGCAUGUGAGAUCCAGCAAAGUUUAUGGCAUUGCUCUUCCCCAUUUCCACAGACACCUCAGAGGAUUGCUUGCUCUCCUGGGGAGCACUGCUCAAGAACUGCCGGGAUCUGUCACAGGGGAGGCAAAUCCACGCCCGCAUUGCGCAGAGCGAGCACCGCCGCAACAAAUACCUCGCGAAUCUGCUCGUCCAGAUGUAUGGCAAAUGCGGCAGCGUCGAUGACGCCCGUGCAAUCUUCGAAUCCAUAGAGAAUCUUAAGCUCUUCUCCUCCAAAAUCAUGAUCCAGGCCUACGCACAGGCGAAAUAUCUAAAUCGAGCGGGCAGAACGUUCGAUGGGAUGCUCCGGCGAGAUGCCUCGACGUGGAACUCGAUCGUCACGGCAUAUGCCGACAACGGGCAUCUUGAUAAAGCGGGAGAGAUUUUCGAAUUGGCUCCAGAGAAGAACGAGGUCUCUUGAAAUGUGAUGAUCACGCUUUGCAUCCGCACUGGAAAGAUAGCUUCUGCCAAGGAUUUGUUUGAUCGGAUGCCCGUGAAGACGAUCGUUGCGCAGACUGCCUUCGUCACAGCAUUUGCCAGGGAAGGGCAUUUGGAAGUAGCCGAGGCUUUGUUUGAGAACAUAAAGAGUCAUGGGCUUUUGGCUCUCGCUGUCUACAGACAACUCCAACCGAACAGCAAAUGCAGGCAACUGCAUUUGAGGUGAAAAGGCUACUGAUUCCCGGAAAGCAGAAAGAGGCUUUACGGGCUGCCCAAGACGGGCAACUUUGGGGAUGUGCUCUUCUUAUGGCCCGGCAGCUGGGAGAGAAGGUACCUAGUCUUGUAGAGACCGUUAGUGAUGGUCUUGUGGUUUUUAAUAGUUCUACACACUAUAGUGGAGAUGGCUCAACGUCAGUUUCAACCCUCCGGACUCUAACUCUUCUUUAUGCUGGUCAACAUGCUGGAGUGUUCGUAGGGAACACUAAUUCGUCGAACGUAACAGCGCUUCAACCUCAACCGGUUCCAGCGUCCGCUGUAGAUGGUGCAACACAGGACGCAGUAGAAGGAAUGCUCGAAGAAUGGCAGGAAAACCUGGCUAUAAUGGCAGUUAACCGAACUAAUGGGGACGAGAGAGUGGUUAUGCAUCUUGGUGAUUGUCGCUGGAGACAUCGAGAUGAGAUAUGUGGAGCCCAUAUUUGCUAUCGUGUUCCAAAUGCUAGUUUUGAGCCUUUCUCUACUUCUGCCAGACUUUGUCUUAUAGCUGCCGACCAUUGUUUCCACGCACGUACGCUAGUCCAGAAGCUAUCCAGGUAAGCCGUGUUUGUCCUCAAUAACAAUUGUUAACCUUUUCUUCAUCAGCGAAUGGAAGUGUACGAAUUUGCAAGAAUGACCGGCAAUUCCCAGUUUAUUUUACUUCCUUUUCAGCCAUACAAGCUUAUUUAUGCGUCGAUGCUUGCUGAAGCUGGAAAGAUAAACGAAGCUUUAAGCUGAUGUGUGCAAAGAAGCGGCUGUAGCCUUGGAAGAGCGUCUUCGUAUCCACUCUCAGGGAGGCUCGACGUCAAUUGUGCAACGGUUUUUUGGCAAUAUUGGUCUACACAAGAUGAUAAGCCCUUCUUCCCCGAAAGCUUCUGAUAUGCUGAUAUUAAUAACUGUCCUGCAACAGCUAGUGUAUCACUUGCCUCGUCGGCAUCAAUGGAACCCAUAAGUGAUAAUACGAGAAGAUCCAACAUGCCAGCAAGAAGCAUUUCUGAGCCUGACUUUAGGCCUGCACAGAUCGUUAGUCCAGCGAAAGGAACGCCAAACAGAGGCGUCUUUACUUCUUUCGUGCAAAGAGUGAUGGGCUUCAUAAAAACACCUUCGAAGGAGGCAAAGCUUGGCGACAGCAACAAGUUUAGAUACGACGAGACACUGAAGCGCUGGGUUGAAGAAGGAGCCGAGGCACAAGCGCCAGAGCUUCCGUUGGCUCCUCCUCCCACGGCAAACAAGCUCGUCUCGCGCGUGGAGGAGAACGGCGCUCCUAUUUCCAUGUCUCCGGAGAGGCGACGGCCAACUCCGGAAAGGCCGCAACCGGUUGUGAGUGGAAUCCCACCAAUGCCUCCGAGCAGUAACCAGUACGCAGCUCGCGCACGUCAAAACAUUAGAUCAAGAUAUGUCGAUACAUUCAGCAAAGGUAGCAUAACACCAUCCAAGACAUCAUCGGACUCUCCUCCACUGUUUGGCGUGGUGCCAAAGGCAAGCGCAAAGCCUUUGGCUGCAGCGAGAUUUUUCGUGCCUGCGGCCGCUGCUGCCGCUGCUCCAGAUAUCAACAGCAACCAUUCGGUGGAUCCUUCCUCGGCACCGGCCUUUGUCCCCGACACGGCAUUCUCAAACGGGAAUGGACCGUUUGCAGCAGCAGCAUUCGCUCAGCCGGUUGUACAGGAUAUGAGAAACGAUCCGGGGCCAACGCCUGAUCAUCUCUCGAGCGGCUCUUCGCCAGCAAUGUUCUAUUUGAAUCACUAUCCAGCAGCACCGUUGACCAUCUCGUUGCCGCCACCUCCCAGCUCUGGAAGUCACUCUGCCAGUGAUGGUCGAGCAGCAGCAGCAAAACCAACACCAGGAAAGUUUGAUUCAUUGGCACUACCAUCAACAGUCCGGCACAGUGGGAUUCGAAGCUGCCAGUUCGUCCGGAGUGUUUGGAGACUACUUGCAAGAGGUGGAAUUGUAAAUCACACUCCACAAGUAAGUAGUAGUGGGUGGAUUCUGGUAGAACAGUGUAGCGAGGUAGUAGUCGUGGAAGGAGGGAUUUUUUUGGCUGGGGUGAUUCUUUGGAGCCACGAGCGAAGCUAGGAAGCAAGAUAAAUAAAAUGGAUCAAACAAUAUAAUUCAGGAAUUAAAUUCUAUAAAACAAUAAAAUUUAAAA